UUAUUCGGAGUCUUAUAACGUUUAACAGUAGUUACACUUGCACAACUCAAGGGUUGUGUGUGUGUGUGUGUGUGAGUGUGUGGCCACGAGCUACUAGCAACUACUUUACGCAUGCGCAAGGAAAGCUCUUGACCGGAAGAGAAGUUGUCGCGUGAAAACUGAAAGGAGAACAACUACUUGACAGAAGAUGCCAAGCUUUGAGCUGAAGCCAGUGGACGGUGGCAAUCUAGUGCACCUACCGGAGGGCGAAACUGUUCUUGGCAGAGGUCCUCUAUUCGGAGUCAAUGACAAAAGAGUCUCCAGGAAUCAUGGGAUGCUGGAGAAUGCAGAAGGAAAACUCCGGAUCAAACCCACCCACCUGAACCCGUGCUUCGUCCAGUCUUCCCUGGAGUCGGCCCCUCAACCCCUGAAGAAGGGCCAGUGGUACACGCUCGACCCAGGGGACCUGCUCUCCCUCCUGCCGGGGAAGUACAUCUACUGCGUGGUGGCCAAGGAGGAG